AUGGAAGAUCCAGUCGCCGAAAUCUCAACCGUCAUCCACCGUCUCACGCAAUCUCCACCCUCCCUCCAAGAAGAAACAAUCGACCGCUUCUUCACCCGCGAUGCAGAAUUCGUGCACCCGUUCUGUCGGAUCUGGAAGCUCCCUGGCAGCCGAUGGGGUGUGAAGAAGAUAUACCAGUGGUACAAAAUCAUGUCGCCGCAUGUAGACCUCGAGGUUCGCUCUAUCGCAUACGAUAAGCAGAACCUAAAGCUCUACGUCUCCAUGUUCCAAGUCUUCUCGAUCUGGGUGGUUCCUUUCCACGUCGCGCCGGUGACAUUAACGACGGUUCUCGAUCUCUCGACGGACCCUGGGGAUGGACGGGAGGAGGAUGGCAAGAAGCGGUAUUACAUCCAGAAACAGGAGGAUUUUUACCAGACGUCGGAGUUCAUCAAGUUUGUUGUGCCGUGGGGAGGGCAUGCGCUUGUUCUGAUGUGGCAUGCGUUUGCCACACUGUUUUCUAUCUUGGGUGUUUAUGCGCUGUGGCCGGUUAUGUGGGCUGAGGAGAGGGGUUAUUUUAACUAUCAUUAUCGGAUUGCGAAUGGGGCGAGAGAAGAGGUUGUUCAUGCGUUGAGUAAUCAUGUUUCGGAUUUGAAGGUUAGAUGA